UUAGAGCAUCAACGCAAGGAGCCCGGCAAAACCAGCCGCGCCGACAGCCUUCUUGGUGGCACCGUUGAACGAAGAGAUGGAAGGCGCCACGGGGCUCCUGGUGUUGGUGGGCGAAAUCGUGCUGGUGGCCAUGGACGACGGCAUGUACGAGCCCGUCUCCAUGCUCAGACAGUCGACCGUGUACGUGAUGACCGUCUGGGUGGUGUACGUGACCGUCUUGGGCUCGCAGGGCACGGUGGCACACGAGGUCUCCGUCACAGUCACGGUGCCGGUGCUGGUGGUCGUGUACACGGACUUGGUCAUGGUUCCGUUGCUCCACUUGUUGUAGCCAAAGCUCACAUAUGCACCCGCAGAGGCCGCGGCAUGUGCCUCGUAAUGGACGGGCUGCUUGUAGAUCUCAAUUGGCUCGGCGUCCGCGGGGACAGAGCCAUCGGUCGAGAUCUUGACGUCGCCCGACGCAGACGCGUAGGCCGUCAAGCCCACGACUUUGCCGUCAGAGUCAAAGUGAAACACAAAGCUGGAAGAAGCCUGGGCAUGGGCACUGGCAGCACCGUUGGCGGGGGCCCCGCCUUCCUGGUGGAUGCUGGCGGCAGCGUCGGCAUUGGCCGCGGCCUCCAAGGACACGGUCCCGUCCUUCUGGUCAAAGUGGGCAGGCUCGCCGCCCUUUUUGACCACGAGUCUCAGGGAGCCGUCGGCGCCAGUGACAACCUCAAGGGAGCCCUUGACUUCGGCGUUGGCAGACGCCUUGACAACAAGAGCAACCUUGUCGUCCUGUGGGGGGUGGUCUGGGGCAGCGGACAUGGAGCUCAUGGCGUGUGUGACCGAGGACCCUGGGUGGAGGCUGGCCAUGGACUCCAUGUGCGAGGACGUCAUGGGAACAGGGUGGCCGUGGGUCUCGCUGAUACAGUCGGACAUGGAGUCGUAGACAUCGUCAUGCAUGUCACCGUGCUCCAUGUCACCGUGCUCCAUUUCACCGUGCAUGGGAACGCCACUGGCUUCAGGGCUGUCCCACAUCUCGGCCAUGACACUGGCAACGGACACGAGGGAAAAAGCGAGAGUAGUGAGUUUCAUUGCGAGUUGAUUGGUUUCUUGUUGAGGGAGGAAAAAAAAAAGAGACUGCCGGACUCCGCGGACUGGGGCGCCUUAAAUGCAAAUCGGGGCCCCUGCUGGCUACACGGCACACGGCCAGUUUUGCUCCUAUUUGGGGCUGGACUUACCCCGCUGCCACGGGAUGCAUGGGUCCUAUUGUUCCGCCGGUCAAAACGCCCGCGUCUAGGUUCCAUAAUUUGCACCCAGUGCGCGGCUGCUCAGCCCAGCCACGGCGGCCUGCAUGCAGGCGCGCAUGGGCAGAGGCCCCAGACGGGUUCGGGAAUGUCGGCCGGGGCUCGUGUGGUUUGUUGUUCUUCGGCCCAAAGCAAAACACGCCUUGCGGAUGCUGGCGGAUCGCCUGUUUGUUUACACCUGCGGAAAACCGUGUCGUGUGGCCGGCGCUUUUUGCUAGCGCAUAAACUGAUCUUCUGCACUAGACCAAGACUUGGGUCCAAGCGCGCUCACCGGUUGCAAGCCUCUGGUGAAGAAGCCUGUCGGAAAAAUCCCCAGCGCCCGGCCCAAACACUAGAUCUUCUUAUGAAACACCACAUCACCAGGAGUCGUGCCAGAAACCCGCUCUCAGCCCACUCGCAGAGCAAGCAUAUUGUGGGCCUGGCCAGAAAGCCAAAAAUGGCCUAGCCGAUUCUGCAUGGCCCGUGCCCGGCUUCUUCGGUCCACCGGGUUGCUCUUGCCAGGUGAAUCCUGUUGCGCCCCACUGGCGGCUAUGUGCAAUCAGCGCUCUUUGCAAAAUCCCAAAUU